AUGGCUUUUACAGAUGGUCCCUGCAGAGGAAGUCCAGGUCCCUGUGGUGCUGGAGCUUGCAUCCUUCCAAACACAGAGUUAGUUGAACUGAAACAACCGGUAUCAAAAUUAUCAUCCAUCCUUGUGGGUGAAAUGGUGGCUAUCAAGUUAACACUUAAAACAAUCCUAGAAGAGUGUAAGAGAUUACAAAUCAACAAGUUAAAAAUAUUAAGUGACAGUCAGUCUGCUAUAGGCAUUGUUAAUCUUGGAUGGGAGAAUAAAACACACAAAUUCUUGUCAUCAGAAAUACUUCAACUGUGGAAAGAUCUAGAAAUGGCUGGAGUAGACAUCCACCUUGAUUGGACCCCAGGACAUGCUGGUAUCAGUGGGAAUGAGACAGCAGACAGACUGGCCAAAGAGGCAGCUACAGAGGCAGGAAAGCAUGACAGAUGA